CCGGACGCUCCUUCACUCCGCUCCUCUCACUGGAACAUCCGGGACGCACCAGUGCUCUGAAGUAACGCGAAAAGGUUCCAAACUGGCAGAAGACACACCGAGAAUAAAACCCCAAAAAGCAAAAAGAGAGGAAUAAUUAGAACCGGAACAACUGGAUACAAUACAACGAAUACAACUUGUAGACUAGAUGAACAUUUUUUUCCCCCGAAAAGUCACUGGACGUUUUGACAUCAUGAGGAUUUUCAGUGCUGUGCUCUUACUCGUUCACGCCUUGGUGGUGUCCAGACCGGCCAGUGGUGCUGCAGUUGGCCGUUACGAGAGCGACAGGCAGCGGCACACAACUGUUAUCAACUUGGACACGACCAAAGACAGGAGGGUGGAGGAGGAGAGCAGAAGCGUGAGUGCUACAACAACGGAUAAUGGGCAGGAAGGCGAGGAAUACGGAGAUUACUAUUAUGAAGAGGAGUAUGAAGAUGGCAUGUCAGGAGACUAUGUGGAACGGCCACGAAUUGCCAUGGUAAGCAAACCCAAAGACCCGUCUGCCAUCCUGGAGACUGAAAGCACUGACGGAAAGCAAAGGAGGGUAAAUGGAAGAAAGAGAGGGAAAGGCAAAGGAAAGAAGAGAAAUCCUUGCCUUAAGAAGUAUAAAGAUUUCUGCAUUCACGGCACCUGCCAGUACCUGAGGGACCUCCGUGCCCCCUCCUGUGUGUGCCACCCGAGUUACUCUGGGGAGAGGUGUCAGUUUUUCACGUUGCCCUUGGAGAAGCCUCAGGAGGGCUACAACCGCACCACAGCUCUGGCGGUGGUGGCGGUGGUGCUGUCGUCCAUCUGCCUCACCAUCAUAGCCCUUUUAUUGUUGCUUAGGUUUCACAAGAGGGGAGCGUAUGAUGUAGAGAAUGAAGAGAAGGUCAAAUUAGGGUUAGCGUCCAACCACUGAAGAGAUUGAGAGAGGCAAAGAUGUGGAAAUUCUACCUCAAAAUAGAAAAAGAGAAGUGAACCGCGACUGGAGGUUCUUGAGGGAAGCGAUCGUGCAUGAAGAAGGGAACAGAGCUUGUCAUCUGCCUUGACCCUCUGCCAGAUGUGUAGAUGUAGAUGGGCAGGUGAAUAUAUUCCUGAAGGCCUCAGAUGUGGGCCCAACUGAAACUGGAAUACUAACGGCCCCGAGGAUGGACUAGAAAAGUGACGAGCACGAAGGAACGAGAAGGAGAAGAAGAAGGUGGAAAAGGAGGAGAAGAAGAAGGAACAUGUCUAGACUCUGUGCUGCUUCUUGACUGUGUGAAAAGAGGUCGUUUCAGACUGAACUGAACAAGUUUUUUAACAAAAGCAUUUUGUAUUUUCCUGCACACGUCCAUCUUUUUUUGUUGUUUUUUUGUGUACAGUAAACGGUAUAUUUAUAAUUUUAAUUUAUUUAUUUAAGCUAACUGUAUUUAUAGAGACUUUAACCACCUUCAGCCGUUUUUAAAAUAAUGAUGUUACAGUUAUUUUUAUAUUUCUUAUCGGAACGAUAUUUAUUUAUGAAACAGAAAAGCAAACGAUGCAGAAGCUCCUUGAGAUGUUCAGCAUUUAAUGGAAAGAAGAGAUAUGAUGCAUAAUUAUCUGAUUUCUGGCUUUAAGUUUGGCAGUCUGUACAAGAUCAAUAGCACUGUGAUUAAAAAAAUUGAUCGUUGAAUAGACAGAUUUUUAAAAACUUUUUUAAUUUUUUAUUUAGGUUAGUAUAGAGCAAUGCUUUUCAGGAACACCCUACCCACACUCACACAGUUACACACAUUCAACCAGUUGGAUCUGGCAGCCAAUCAGCAGCUCCUCUGUAGUAGUUGAGGGUUCGGGGCCGUGCUCAAAGGCACAUCAGUGGUGGUAAUGGGGUAGGGGCUGCUCUUCCAGCUACAUUAAACAUGCAGUAGGUAGUCCUUCUCAAUGUUAUAAGAUCAGACCAAUGCCUGUCAUUUACAAUGCAUUGCACUUGCUAUUAAUUGAGUAAAGGUAACAGAAAAACUUCAUUUAGCAACUGCAAUGUAAAGAAACCUUUUAAAAGGGAGUCAAAUAUGAAAUGCACUGUAUCAGGAAUUUGGUAUGAAUAUGUUUCAUUACCAUCAUUAGAAGAGAAACUGUCAGAUCUAUGUUCAGCUGUCAAGCAAAACCAAAAUGUGAAUUCAAGUGUUCCACCCUUUCAAAUCCUGUCCUGCAGUUUUGAAGUGAUUUUUAUUUAUGUAAUUUUCUUUUUCCAGAGCAAUUAAAAAA